GAGGUUUUCAUCUAUCUCUUGCAUUUCAGAGUCACAGGAGGGGAGUUGUUUGAAGACAUUGUGGCAAGAGAAUAUUACAGUGAAGCAGAUGCAAGUCAUUGCAUCCAGCAGAUUCUUGAAGCAGUCCUCCACUGCCACCAAAUGGGGGUUGUCCACAGGGACCUUAAGCCAGAAAACCUUCUCCUUGCCAGUAAAUGCAAAGGAGCUGCUGUGAAGCUGGCGGAUUUUGGCCUGGCCAUAGAGGUGCAAGGUGAACAGCAGGCUUGGUUUGGUUUUGCUGGAACCCCAGGGUACCUGUCCCCAGAGGUGCUCCGAAAAGAGGCAUAUGGAAAACCGGUGGAUAUCUGGGCAUGUGGUGUUAUCCUCUAUAUUCUCCUGGUUGGAUACCCUCCAUUUUGGGAUGAGGACCAGCACAAGCUAUACCAGCAGAUUAAAGCUGGGGCAUAUGAUUUCCCAUCUCCAGAGUGGGACACAGUGACACCAGAAGCUAAGAACCUGAUUAACCAGAUGCUGACCAUUAACCCUGCCAAACGUAUUACUGCUCAUGAAGCCCUCAAGCACCCAUGGGUCUGCCAACGUUCAACUGUUGCCUCCAUGAUGCACAGACAAGAGACUGUGGAGUGCCUGAAGAAAUUCAAUGCUCGUCGAAAGCUGAAAGGAGCCAUUCUGACCACUAUGCUGGCAACUAGGAACUUUUCUGUGGGCAGACAGACCACAGCUCCUGCCACAAUCACCACUGCCGCCACUAGUACAGCCCUGGGGUUGGUGGAACAAGCUAAGAGUUUGCUGAACAAGAAGACGGAUGUUGGAAAGCCUCAGACGAACAGCACUAAGAACAGCGCUGGAGUGACUAGUCCGAAGGGGCCUAUUCCACCAGCUGCCUUGGAGCCUCAAACCACAGUAAUUCAUAACCUGGUGGACGGGAUAAAGGAGUCAUCAGACAGUACACAUACAAACCCCGAGGAUGAAGAAAUGAAAGUGCUGAAGUUCUCAGACAUUUUAAGCUCAGUGAGGAGGGGUUCGGGGGCCCUGGAAGCUGAGGGACCUCAAGCAGCGGUCGCUCAGCAGCCCCUCUCCCCAUCCUUCCCCCAUUCACCUCUUGCACAGCAUAUAUUUAACACAGUCAGACGAGGCUCAGAAGCAGAGGGGGUGCAGUAUUCCAACACGCAGCAUCGGCUCUCCCAGCCCCACCUAAACUCUCCGUUUGUACAGCGUAAGUAG